UUUAUCAUGUUCACACUGUCUAGUUCCAUCGAAACUCGUAACCCUAAUUUUCAAAAAAAUCCUCUUUCAUACUGUUUCUCCGUAGUUGAUAAAUCAACAUUUCUCCAAAUCCAGCUCAGGGUCAUUAUAAUAAUUCUCUUCCUCUCCCUCUUUCUUUAAGAAAAUCUCAGUAUAUUCCCUGGAGACAUCAUCAGUUUUAUCUGAUUAGGAUGGAUCCUUACACAGAAACUGGAUCAGUGAAUUUUGAUUCAUCCUUGUGGCCACAUGCUUCUAAGUCAUUACCAGAACUCUUAACAGAGAUAUGUCAGAAAGCCCAAAGAAUGCUCAAACUGGUGAAAGAUGGUCAACCUGAGUCAACAGAUAUUUUUCUUACCUUGUAUCAGUCUCUUGGUGAGUCUUACAACCAUAUGAACCAAGAGCUCCUCAACGGCUUCCUCAACUUUGGUUUUAAACCUUCAUCUUCAGACAAAAACAGUGUCUCAUUUGCGGAUUUGAGUUCCUUUGUAUCUCAUAGCUCUCCUUCUCUGGAGUUUGAUUUGGUGUCAGGACUCUCCUACUCAUCUCUUAAGCUGAAUGAUGAGGCUGAGAAGAAGGACCAGUCUGCAUAUAUGCUUGCUGAUCUAGAAGAGAGAAACAGACUGGUGGGCGAGUUAGAGAGCAAGCUAUCUGAUUCAAGCAACAAAAUCAUGACUUUAGAACGAGAGCUCGAUGAGUGCCAUGAGCUUCUAGAGGUAUCAGAAGUCGAGGUUUCGAAGCUGAAUGAAAUGUUGAGUGAACGCAAGACCGAGAAAGCCGACGAUGGUGGUGCUGACUUGUUGUUAAAUACCCUGAGAGCAGAGCUGAGGUCAAGAGAUGUUCAGAUCGAGCAAAUGGAGGAGUAUUUGAACCAGGUGUGUGUCAAAGACACUGAGCUUCUGUCUGAUGAUGAGUCCGGAACCAACAAGAGUGUCGUGGAAGAAUUGAAAAGUAGAGUUGAAGAGCUGGAGAAUCAAGUGGAGAAGCAGAGUGAUGUGAUAUCAGAAAGAGAGGAAGAGAAACGGGAAGCUAUAAGAGAGCUCUGUUUCUCUCUUGAUCAUUACAAGAGCAGAUACACUGAACUUGUAAUAUCACUUUCAGGCAAUAACUAACAAGGUUUCUAUUAA